UUGUCCUCCCUCAGGAGCGGCGGGAGAGGCUGGGCUCCCCUCAGGGGUUGCAUGAAGGGGGGAAUGUGUCUCGGUGUGUGUGCCCCAGGAGCGGCGUGGGGCGGGAAUGCCCCUGCCCUCCCUUCAGGAGCGGCACGAAGCGGGCUCACCAUGUCCCUGCCAGCAAAGAGGUGUGGAAGGCCCCCAAUGUUGUCUUUUCUGGAAAAGAAAAAGAGAAAGCAAAGUCUUGAUAGAAGAAGGGGGAAAACAAGGAUUUAUAUGGGGAAUCACAUUGACCGGUGGCUGACACUUAAGGAAAAGUUGGAUUUCAGAAAUGAUGCAGAAGUCGCAGGGUUUUUACUGGACAUGUAUGACAGCUACAACCCGUUGUCAAAAGCUACACUCUGUCCCCUCUCUGAGGGUGUGAGAAGGAUCACUGUGAAGGAAGCAAGAGUGCUGUCAGCCAGCACUUCUUUAAUAACAGCAGAUGGAACGUAUGACAGUGGUGACCAGCUGCUUAAAGAAUCUGCUUGUUCUGGAUUUGGAGAUGUGAGAAUUGUAACUGUGAAAGAGGAGGAAGAGAUGCUGCCGGACUGCAUGUUGACAAGGACAGCUGACAUUAGGGUGAGCAGCAAGAAGAAAGUCACACUCUUGCAUAACAAUAUGGGGCCAGUUUUUAGUCCAAUUUGAUUUUGCUGUGAGGUUAUUUUGAACUGUAAAGAAUUACUGUAAGUUGUAUGAAAUUCCAUGUUAUGUGUUGAACAGCACAUUAAACUUAAUUACCUAAAGUUUUA